AAAAUAUUACUAAAUGUGAUUUUAAUGUAGUAUUUGUAUCCGCACUGUAUACCAGUAUUUACAUUUAGGAUGUUUGGAGGUUACAUAGGAAUAAUAUAAAACGUAAUUUAAAAAUAAAACUUCAAAUAGUUAAAGAUAUUAAUUUAAAAUAAUUAGUCUCUUAUUAAUACGAAUAGUUUAAUCUGUAUGAUUUAUUAUGUCAUUUUGUAAGAAAUCGAAUUUUUCAUUUAAUAAUUAAUUUAGUUUUUUACAGUUUUCUUUAAUUCACUAACAAAGGUUAAAUUUUCAAAAUAAUUAUGUUUUCUAAAUUAUUUAUGUUUUAUUAGUCAAUUGAUCUUCAAAUAUUUCUUCUAAUCUUAAUAUACUUUUUAAAUUGACGAAAAGUUUUAUUGUGCUCUAUUUUGAUUGAUGUUGAGUUAAAGUUAUUUUGAUUAGAGACAGAUUCAGUACGAGUACUAAGAACUUAAAUAGAAUAUGGCUGAAUUAAAUAAUGAUGAAACUAUUAAAAAUAAAGAAUCAAAACAAAUCACUUUAUUAAAUGAUGUGAAAAUAUUAUUUCAUGUAAAAUCAAUCUUCAGUAUGAUAUGUGAUCAAAUUGCAAACUUAACUAUUUCUGGCAAUAAAUUACUAACUACAUUAGGAGUUAAAAGUUCUUCUCCAAGCUACUUAGAUGAUGUUCAGUUAAAAUUGCUGUCUGAAUCUGAACCAGAUUUUUUACAAUCAUUUCUUAUAAAUAGUGAUAUUUUCUAUGGAACGUUGAACAAAUGUACAGAUAUUAAUGCACUCAUACUUAUGAUGAAUAUAUUUUCUAAGAUUAAGAUAUUACCAUUGAAUCAAACAACAGCUGAUGUUAUAUCUUUGAUUUGUAAAUCCAAAUAUUUUGAAAAUUUAAAUAAUGCCCUUGUUAAAUAUCACAUUAUUCAAGAUGUAGUUAGUCUAAUACAAUUACAAGAAUUUCUUAAUAAUUGCAUAGAUUUAAAUCAAUAUAUCAUCAACCCAGAAUCAAAAAAUAUCUUAAAUGAUAUUGUUUUAAUAACUUUUACUAAACUAAAUAAUAAAAAUGUAAAACUCAAUAUAGAUAGUCAAUAUGAAACAGAAAUAAUUCCCCAAGUAAAUUUGGACGAAAUAAAAAUUACUAAUAAAGUACAGUAUGGUGAAAGUAAAUGGCCUCUAUGUUACAAAACGCUUUCAAUAUAUCCUAUACCAGCAGAUUUGGNAUGUUACAAAACGCUUUCAAUAUAUCCUAUACCAGCAGAUUUGGUUCCUAAAAAGGUCUUCUUAAAUCCAAAUAUCACGAAAGGUAGAUAUGAUAGUGUAGAGCAUUACUUAGAUGUACAAUUCCGAUUACUACGUGAAGAUUUUAUUGCUCCUAUGAGAGAAGGUAUCCAAUAUUAUAAAUCAAUGAAAGAAAAAGGUAUGGAAAUUAUAAAUAUUCCAAACAUGCAUACUUAUUAUGAAUCAAAAAUUGUAAAACAAAUUGUUAAAGACGAGAAGAUGUUACUAUUUAUAAAUUUUUAUACAAAAGAAAAUUUUUUAAAAGACUCAAAAAGAUUUAUGUCAGAAUCACUUUUAGUAUUUAGUAAUGACCAUUUUCAAACUAUGUUUUUUGCCAUUGUUGUGCGAAUGAAUCAUAAAAAUAUUUAUCCAACUAAGUCAUUAAUAUGUAAACCACUAGGAAAACCUACAUUGAUUAAAUUAAAUUCUGUUUAUACUAUGGCAGAGUGUGACACUUACUUUUUACCGUAUAAAUAUACAAUGGAUGUCUUACAAAAGUUUAAUGAUUAUAGUUUUCCCAUGAGAUCAUAUAUCAUAGAUGCUAAAACUAAUCCUAGAGUCCCUGCUUACUUAAUACCUCAUUCAAAAUAUUUUAAAAUUGAUGGAAAGAUAUUUGACAUUUUAGAUGACUAUCAAUGGCCAGAUAAUCAAUCAUUAGGCCUAGACUAUGCUCAAUGUUUGGCUUUUAAAGCUGCUCUUACCAAAGAAUUUACAGUUAUUCAAGGGCCUCCUGGUACUGGAAAAACAUUUAUUGGUGUAAGAAUUGUCAAAAGUAUUAUAGAAAACAUGUACAGGACAAAUAUAUUGAAAAAUCCAAUUAUAGUCGUUUGUUACACAAAUCAUGCUUUAGAUCAAUUUCUUGAAGGAUUAUUAAGUAUUACAAACAAAAUUGUAAGAAUUGGAGGAGGCUCUAAAUCUGAUUUAUUAAAAAAAAAUAGUUUAAAAAAUCAUCAAAUGUCUAGCAUAGAAUUUUUAAAAAAAUCUUUUGUAAUUGGACUUACUACUACUGGAGCUGCUAUGAAACAUUCUAUUUUAUUAAAAUUGAAGUCUCCAAUUGUUAUUGUCGAAGAAGCGGCUGAAGUUUUAGAAUCACAUGUUGUUAUUUCACUGACCGAACAUUGUCAACAUGUUAUUCUAAUAGGAGAUCAUAAACAAUUACGUCCUCGAACUGCAACAUUUACACUUGCAAAGCAAUUUCAUUUUGAUAUUUCAUUAUUUGAACGUUUAGUAAAAAAUGAUUAUCCUUGUUAUACUCUACAAACACAACAUCGCAUGCGACCAGAGAUUUCUUCAUUAAUUUUACCAAUUUACCCUUACUUAAGGAAUCAUAAUUCAGUCAAUAAUAGAGAUAAUAUAUGUGGUGUUACAAGAAAUAUGUAUUUUAUAAAUCACGAGAACUCUGAGGAAAAAGUAUUAGGAUCUGCUAGCUAUAAAAAUAUGCAUGAAAUAUAUUUUUUGAUGGAAUUUACAAGAUAUUUACUUAAUCAAGGUUAUCAGCAAGGCCAGAUUACCAUUUUAGUUACUUACAAAGAACAACUAUUAGAAUUACAAAAGAUAAGAGAAAGUAGUUAUAAUUUAGAGUAUUUUCGAAUUGAAUGUGUUGAUGGUUAUCAAGGAGAAGAAAAUGAUAUUAUUUUGUUGUCAUUGGUACGUAACAAUGAAACAAACAAAAUUGGUUUCUUAAGUAUAUUAAACCGUGUAUGUGUUGCAUUGUCAAGAGCUAGAAAUGGAUUAUAUAUUAUGGGAAACAUGGAAAAUUUAUUACACUCUUUUAUAUGGAAAAGAAUUAGUAACAUUCUUGUUUGCCAGGACUCUAUUGGAAACAAACUAACCUUACGUUGUCCAGUACAUAAGGAUUGGAUUAAAACUGUAUGCAAAAGUACUGAUUUUGCAGAUAUUCAGUGUUUAGAAAUUUGCAACGUUGUAAUGUAUUGUGGACAUCAAUGCAAAGAAUAUUGUCAUAUUCGAGAUCAAUGUCAUGAAAAUAUCUAUAGAUGUAAAAAAGAAUAUACAAAAGUUUUACCGUGUGGAUUAGAAAUAAAAAUUGAGUGUUGGAUGAGAAACUUAUUUUUUAUGUGUCCUCCAAAAGUUGUAAAAAAAGUGAAUUUUCAAACAAAGUCUUACAUGAAUUAUCACUAACAACUUAGGUUAUCAUUAUGUACAUUGAAAAAUUUUAAGACUGAAUUAUCUUAUUCUUUAAUUUUUGUUUGUUUUAAGACUAAUUAUUUAUUAAUAAAUAGAGGUAUUGUGUAAUUUAGCUUUAAUUUCAAUUUUUUAUAUAGUUACUUUGAAGUUAAGUUAAAUUAAAUUAUUAUGUUUUGUGAUUAAAUAAUAUCUUGCCAAUUAUGUUUUUUAAUCAAAACCUUAUGUUUAUAUUGUUAAAUUGUUAAAUGCUUAAAUAUGAAAAACUAUAAUGUUUUAGAUAUUUAAUAUAAAUGUAUCAGAGUAUAAAAUUAACAAUUUGUUAUAAUAUGUAUUAUUUAUAUCAUAUAGAUUAAUAAUCUUAGACUUUAUAUUAAAAUAUUCAGUUUUAGAUAAAGUUUUAAGAGGUCAGUGUAUUCAGAGAGGUGAAAAAAAUGUUGCCCCAUUUUUAUAAAUUCAAAACCACUGUAAACUGCUUCAAUAAAUUUUUUUUUUGUAUUCUAAAAUUUUUGA